UCCCGGCACCGGCGGCGCUGACACCGGCCUGGCGGGGCCGCGCUCCGUCCCGGAUGGCUGCGAUCGCCCGGGCUGGCGCGGGGCAGGGACGCAGCGAUGUUCCCCGUGGAGCCAUCACAGCCGAGUUCAGCGUCUGUCCCCGCUCCCGCAGCGACCGCUCCGGGGCUGGAGAGUUGGAGGAAGCGGCCAGAGCUCCGUCCUUCCCCAGCAGAUUCCUCAAGCUGCGCAGCGGACAGGCCGCUGCAAGCCUGUGGUGCCAGGGAGCGGGAAGCGCGGGGCCCGCGGCAAAGAGCAGCCCGGGCAGCACUUCCCACGCACGGUCGAGCUCAGCUCUGAGGAAGGUGGCACAACUUGAAAGCAAAAUCAUGAAUCGGAAACAGCAGAUGGGAUUGCAAAGCACUGACCUGGGCCAGAAGGUUUGGGAUGAAGAGUCUUUCUCCUCUGCUUCUAGUCAUGAACACAGCGUGAGGGGCAAGAAAUACCUGAAGAGCUAUGGUAGGAGCAGAGGAAAUGUGCCAGAGGAAGAGGAAAGCAUCCAAAUCCCUACAAAGAAUGUUCAGGUUAAACAGCAGCUUGGUUUGGAUAGUGAUGAAGGGGAAAUGAGAGAACUGAUGGAGGGGUUUUCCAGUAGAAAUGAGAACCCAAGGAUUGCUGCAAGGGAUUCUAAAGGGGGUGGAAAGAGUAAGACUCCAGUUUCCUCAGGAAUAUCUCCUCCAUCUCAUAAGGAAAUGUCACCAACAGAGGCACUUAAAGCAUCUUCUUUUCAUAGCAAAGACUCAGAUGAAAGUAUUUUUGGUGGAGUUAAUUCACCAACACCUUCACCAGCCAGCAGAGACCUGUCAGCACAAGGGACUGUGAGAUCUCAAUCAUCUGCCUCUUCCCUGAAAGACACUGUGAAGAUGACUUUGCCUAAAACAGGCUACACCAAGCAAAGCCAAAUAUCACCUGGAAGUGACAAAAGUGACAUCAAGUCAUUAGAUGAAUUGUUCUUAGAUGCAGAUGAUUCAACUACCAGCAGCUCAAAUGACUUCAGACUGAACAUACUGAGCCUUGAUGAUUUGGCACCAGAAACCACCAGUGAGGCAGCAGAAUUAAAGCAGGAAGGGACAGACAUUCAAAUCACUCAAGAAUCAAACAGAAAUGCAGAAAAAGAUGCAUUUCUGGUGGUAGAGGACCCCAUUUCUCUAAAAAUGACAAGUGCAGGAACUGGUGUGGAUGACUCUUCUGAAGAGGAUAUUGAAAGAACUGGGACUGAAGCUGAAAUCUCUGAGCAUUUAAGUGAAUUUUCUGCAGCUUUCCCUAGACACAAAGAGGAUUCUCUUGAUCGUGAUGAGAAAACUGUUAAGUCAGAAUAUUCUGAUGACUUUGAAAGGUCUCUGUCUACAACAGACAGCAAAGCUGGAUGGAAAAUGUCAGAGGAACACUCUGAGAGCUGCACCUAUUCUGAAAAACAUCCACCUUCAGCACCAUCACUUUUAUUUACCAGAGAGCAGCAUGACCAGGUACACAGAGUAACUGUCAAGGAAACUGCAGUUCAGACAGUGGAUCUUCCAUUCACCUACUGCUGGUCACAGGCAACCGCCGCUGCAGUGCUUGACCCCCCUGUAGGGAACAGCUACGUCGAUCCAGUACCUGUUGCCAGUCAUGUCAUCAGCAUGGAUGCAGUAGAAGCCCUGACAGCGUACAACCCCACCGCUCUUGUUUUGAACUCCAUGUUGAAGCAGCACUUGAUGUUGACUCAGCAGUUCAUGGAGAACAUUCACCACCUUCACUUCUCCCUUGUGGAGUCACUAGAGAAGGAGGAGUUCCACUACCACACCCUGGAAGAGGCUAAAGAGUACAUCAAGAAGCACAAAUCCCCACCUCUAACACUUGAGCAGGCACGUGAAAAAAUCCAGAAAGCACAGGAGGAAAAACUGCUUUGACUCUUUACGUCUACAGAUAUCCCCUGAAACAAGAAAACCUUCCAAAUUGUACAGACAAGUUAUUAAGUAUGGCCUGGAAGGAUCUCUACUAACUACUUUUAUACAUAAUUUAUUUUCUUAUAUCUGAAUUUUUUACUGAUGUAUAUGACAUAGGGAUAGGCAGGAGCCUUUGGCCAGACUACCUCAGUGUUCAGCAAAAAAGAAACCAGGAAAACACUUCUCUCUAAAGGGAGUGUGAUAAGUUAUCACAGUUGGCAUGUUUACCAUGUAGAUCGUGUGAUCUGUGAUCAUGGUAGAAGUCAAAAUGUGUCCCACAGCACCUGAGGAAGAUGACGACAGUGGGACAAAUGUAGUGCCAUAUUGAACAGUGAUUACCUAGAAUGAAAUUGUCCAGGUUACUGCAAAACCAAGCACAUGCAAAAUUAAGAUGAAUUCAGUACAAGAAAGGCUUAUAGCCACCAUACUGUAAGCUAUUUACUCUGAAAUAUGACCCACCAUUUUCUUUUUAUUAAAAAAAAAAGUGUUUAUUGGAAGGCAAAACAAUAAAAUUCACCAAUUGAGAACACA